GCAAAAAAGCUAACUUGUAUUUUUUGGCCUAAAACAGUAAUUUAUGUUGGUAAAACUUAAAAAUAUAAAUUAUUGAUAUUCAAGAUAAUAAUCUGAGUUAGCACAACAAAGCAAGACAGUUGUAUGUUCCAAAAUAAUUUGGUGAGUUGUUAACACUUAAAUCUUUACGUUGUGGUUCAAUACAAGGGACAACAGUUCUGCCAACUCAUUUUUCUUUGUUGUGAAAUGCGGGAAAGCCAACUUUCCGAGUUGACAUUUUUCACUUGAAGUAUUCUGGCGGUGUGCUGCUGCAAGGAGCUGGAGUGCUGCUGUCUCGGGCUGAAGUCCGCACAGGUAAGUUUUAAACAACUUUUAAUUUAAUUUAUUUUAACGUUAAAUCAUACGGGAAUUUUAUUUUGAGUUGUGUCGUAAUGGAGAAAGUGACCUACACAUUUUCAACAUUUAAACACACGGCUUUUCAGUCCUUAGCAGUUAGCUGCUAACUGAUGCUAGCAAGGCCACGGCAGUUAAGCCAGUAACAUUAGCUUGUUUGGGCAAAUCCUAUUCAAAUAUGACAGCAUGGUAUCUUCUGACUGGUUGGUAUUGUGUUAAUUCAUGCUCAACUCAAAAUUGUGGUCUCAACGUCAGCCGAAACUUUAUCUCAUCUUUCAUAAAUGUUGAAGAUGUUAUUAGACAGGGUAAUAACAGUCAUGCUCGGUCUCUGCUCCCAGACAGCAGCAGGUGAGCAGGCUGUUACGUGGGGACAGAGAGAACCGAGCUCGACACAUGCUGCGGCUCAAUCCACUGUGUAGUAAGUUAGAUAUAGGCAGACAUAGGUGGGCAUGUAAAAAAUAUUCACUUCAGCAAUGCUUUCCCUCAGGUAUGUUUAUGGGGAUGUGACGGUCAGACCAUCGACUGUGUGUGUGUGUGUCCGCACGUGUGUAUGUGGGGUGCGUUCGCAGAGAGACGGCAGAAGGGUGGGGGCCCUGUGAUUAUCGAAUAGUAUUUUUGCUUGAAAUGCACAUCCCUACUUCUUAAUGUUUAAUGUUACGUCAGACUGAGUUAAAUAAAUCACCAUACUACUGUGAUUUAAGUAUUAAAAUAAUAAGAUGUAGGGCAAUUCAUAUCAGAUUCAAUAUCAUCAUAAUAGUGUAGUGGCAGGAAAGGCCAAUUCACCUGUAGCCUGUCAAUUAUUGUGUUGGUCAUACUAUACCGAGACCCAUAAGUUACUGUGUAUCUGUGGAUUCAAAAAAGUUUAAGUUAAAUUUUUAAUUUUGAAUUUCCAUUCCUCGUCCUGGUUAUACUGAAUCAUGGUGUUUGAAAACGUUGAAAUGCAUGUAUUUGGCUCAAUUUUAUAUUGACUGCUGACUUAUGUGACUGUCCGGGUUUGUUGAGUAGUCUCCCUAAUUACUAAGUUAAUUGAAAUUCAUCUUCACAACAGCAAAAUGUUUUAAAAAUUAAAAAUUAGAAUAUUAUAUUGUUAGUCUUGUCAACUAUAGUCUCUAGUCUAUUGUUUACAUGAUUGUCAUUAAAUUGAUAACAUGUUAAAAUUCUUCCCAACUGCUUUGCUAAUUCCCAGCAAAUUCUCAUCUUUGUUUUUCAGACUGAAAUGAAUGCAGUGCAAAUUGUGCAAGUUUGCCCAUGCCGUUGAAGCUGUUCUGCUGAAACACUAUCGACUGCAUCACAGAGGUUCAACCUGGCCUUGCAUCCACAGGGACUGCUGUUGCACUUUUAGAACCAUUAGUGCUUUGAAAUCACAUCUUUCAAGAUUGCACAGGACUGUCCAAAGGCAAGACAACUUAACAUUUCAGUGCUGGUUGUGUGAAUACAAGGACAUUUGCUGUAAAAAGAAAGUAUUAAUUCAUUUGCAUUAUCACCUUAGACGCAGAGAGAUAGUGUGUUGCCCAUUUGUAGGGUGCGGCUUUAAAACCAACCGCCUUAAUAGUUUUACUGGACAUACAUCACGGGCUCAUAAAAAACAUAAUCUUAGAGAUUUUUUGACACCAGUCAGGGUUGUUAGCGAUUUUCAGUCUAAUGACACAGACCAGCCAUGUAAUGUUGAUCCUGAAGCUGGCGUUUCACUGAGAAGUAGUCCGAGAUUAGAUUCCACAGAAAAAAGCUGAACCUGAUUGUGUUCACAAUGUAGACUCUGAAGUACUUGAGCACAGAUUAGCUUCUCUUUUUCUUUGCAUGCCUUGUCUGCUACAUGUGUCGAAACAUGCAAUACAGGCAAUUAUAGAUGAAUUUAAUGAUAUUUUGUCCCUUUCCAAGUUUCAUACAACUGAAAUUCUCAAGGAGGUAUUUGCGAAACAUGAUAUUGAAGUUGAGGAAGAAGUUAUUCAAGAGAUAAGUAACACUGUGUUCGAAAAAAAUCCAGUACUUGUUACCACAUCAGAAAAAGGUACAUUAUCAACAGAUUAUAGGAGAAACAAAUAUUUCAGGGAGCAUUUCUCUAUCAUUGAACCAACUGAGUUAUUGUAUGACCGGACUUCAAGAAAAGCCUUUGUUUAUGUUUCUGUGAAUCAGGUUAUUGAGCUUUUAUUGAACAGAGCAGAGUUUCUUGAAAAAAUUGUUUUCAGUGAAGAGUCUAUUCCAGGGUUUUACAAGACUUUUCAAGAUGGUUCUUACUUUAAGAAAAAUUUUGGAGGUCUAUACAUAGAUGAUUUUGAGUUGUGUAACCCGUUAGGCACGUCAAAGAAAAUUCAUAAAAUAACAGCUGUUUACUGGAUUAUUCUUAAUUUACCCUCAAAGUUUCGUUCCACUUUACACUCAAUUCAUCUAGCUCUUCUUGGAAAGACUUGUGAUGUUAAGCAGUUUGGUUUUGAAAAGUUUUUCAGUCCUUUAAUUAAGGAUUUAAAGUCACUGGAACAAACAGGGAUCUUUGUGCAAACUCUUAACAACUACGUAAAAGGUUCAGCAUUUUGUGUCUGUGCAGACAGUUUAGGAGCUCAUGCACUUGCCGGUUUUCAGGAGAAUUUCAAUGUAAAGAAUUUUUGUAGAUUUUGUUUAACAAAUCGGGGUGAAAUAGCAACUACUGCAAUUUCUGAUUUUCAGCUAUGCUCCAGAGAACAGCACGAUACAUGUCUGCUAAAACUUCGUCUUGAAAAUGUUCCACAUGUAAAUGGUGUUAAAAAUGAAUGUGUUUUAAGUAAGCAUCUGUCAUAUUUUCACCCUGUCACUGGCUUCCCCCCAGACAUAUUACAUGAUUUUUUUGAAGGUGUUAUACCUGUUGAACUGUCUUUAUGCCUGAAAAACUUUAUUUCAAAAGGCUAUAUUACUUUGGACAGACUGAAUAGCCUAAUCAAUUCAUUUCCAUACAAAUAUUCUGACAGGGUGAAUAAAACCAAAGGCAGUUUCUAAAGCAAAUCUUGAAAAGGGCAGCAUAGGUGGCAAUGGCCACAAAAAUUGGUCUUUAUUACGAUUCCUCCCUCUUCUCAUCGGGAAGAGUGUGCCAGAACAAGAACCUGCAUGGGAAAUACUGAUGGACCUCAAAGAAAUAGUCGAAAUUGUUGUCUCACCUGUUAUUUCAGAGGAAAUCUUGCACUACCUGGAGGUCAAGUUGUCUGAUCACAGAAGCCUGCUCACAGACACUUUUCCUGAUUUUAGCUUGCGCCCAAAGCACCACUUUGCUGACCAUUAUCCUUACCUUCUACGCUGUUUUGGUCCAUUGGUGGAAUUAUGGACGAUGAGGUUUGAAUCCAAACACAGCUUCUUCAAGAAGACCAUGCAUGAUGUUCAAAACUUUAAAAAUGUACUCCUCACGCUGUCCGUAAAACACCAACAGAUGAUGGCAUGCCAGUUUGAUAGCCAGAGUCUUUUCAAGCCAAUGUUACAUGUGGAGAAAGUAACUGACAUCAAAAUAUCUUCUUUGGAUGCUGACCUGCACACAGUGAUUAAGAGAAAGUAUCCACAUCUUGAAACUGUGUCCCUUUCUAAAGACAUUUAUUUUCAUGGGACCCGAUAUGUGGAGGGUAUGAUUCUGUCAUCUGGACACUGCAGUGGUCUGCCAGAAUUCUACAAAAUCGUGACCAUAGUGGUUAACCCUGAAAAAGUAGCCUUUGUUGGCAAAAAGCUCACAUCUUGGUACCUCGAACAUUUUAGGUCUUUUGAGCUUGUGGAGAGCAUCUACGCAGACACUGAAAUUUUUGAUCCUCAGGCUCUCAACCACUAUCAUCCAUUGGUUGCAUACACAGUGGGAGGGAAGGUGCUGGUGACUCCAAAAGUGUGCCUGCUCCAUUGAAGUGACACAGAAUGGCAAGUGAACCCCGAUUAAAUGUUGCUCUAGCACACUCUCAUUCUGACCCUCCCAUUGCUCCCAUUCAAGCAAGAUGCAGUCUGUCAUAUUAUUUUGAUAUUUUUUUCUGUUUUACUUACUGAGUUGAUUUCCUGAUUCGUUUCACUUGUGUCUUGUUUCGUUUACCAGUGUCCUGUUUGACACCCCCAGCUGGACCAGCGUGCUCUGCUUAUGGACAUUGUUUUUUGUAUUUAUAUUGGAUCUGCUUACUAGAACGACAUAAACAUUUAUAAUAAUAGAUUGCUUUGCAGGUAGAACUAACACCGUCUAAAAACUUGUUACAUUAUUUAUAAAUUUAACUUGUCUUGUUUCAUACCCUUUGUAACUUAACUCUUCUGUGUUUUAUCCUUGUUUUUUGUGACACAGGCUGAAAUGCUGCUGCUUGUAAAAAUCUCCCCACGAAUGUCCCGUAAAGUGGCGAUACCCGAGGUACCUGAAUCAGUUGAAGAGUUGCAAAAUAUUCUUAAGGAAAAACUUGAACUUCAAGGUAGCUUCACACUACAAUAUGAGGACUCAGACUUUAAUAAUGCUCUGUGUAAUUUGAUUGACAUCCAUGAUUUGCCACCUGAGCGUGCUAUAUUGCACAUUCUUUGGGAUGAGACAUCUCCACUUGUUCAGCAAGAGUCAGCCUCUGUUGGUUCAGAGUCUUCCCUGGACACAGCCAGUUUAUCCAGCGGAGAGUCACUCCAGAGUCCCUCAGCUUUCAUCAGGAACCAUCCGCGAAGUGUCUCAGAGUGGCCUUCACCUUUUUCCAUCCCGUCCUUCUCCUACGAUGUGGAGUUGAAGUUGCGCAAAGGCAGUGAGGCAUAUGAACAAACCAAGAAAGGUAUCACCUUAACAAGAGACAUGAAGAUGGACAUUUUGGACAAGAUUGCUCAUGCAGUUUUUGAAGUGAAAGCCUAUCCUGAUCAAGACCAGAUUGAGUCAGUUGCUUCUGCUCUCAUCAGUAGACACCCCUGCCUUCGAGAACCAGGCAGUGAAACAGGGUAUGACGGAUGGAAAACAAGCAUAAAAUACAAACUUGGCAAUUACAGGUCCAAACUGCGUCAGGCAGGCUGUACUGAGGUUAGCAUUAACCAGAAAAAGAGGGGCAGUGAAGAUGAUGGUACAAGUCCUUCUCUGAAGAGAGCAAAGAGAGGUGAGAUUAACCAUGUCCCUGACCAUCCAGAAAACUACAAUGAUGACUCACUGGAGGAUGAAAGAUUGGUUCUGGUUGAGGAGUUCAAGAAGAAGAAUAAGAAUGUUGCACUCAUCAAACAAAAGAUGGAGCUGACUUUCUCCUUGAGGCGCAGGGAGAUCGUUGAGUUGCAGCCUAUGGUCUCAGAGGUUCUGGAACGUUGGCCUGCUCUGUUUUGUGAGGCAGAGAUUAGGGAAGAGUUUUAUCGGAUCACAAACAAGAACCUAAUGGACAACUUCAAAGAAGCCCUUGAUCAACACACCUGGAGGCUCCUGAGACUCUAUCGGGCGAGAAGGACAGCUUUUUCGUCUGAGAUGGAGCAGGUCCUUAACAGUCUGGAUCAAGAGACAUCUGACAUCACUGCACAUCGUCAAACUGCAGCCUUAAAGGGCCUUCCCUUGUAUCUCCGUGACAGUCAUCAGAAGCUCUUCAGGAACUGUCUUGACACUGACCCAGAAGUGGAGCAGACGAAGGGCCUCACUGUGGGUAUCCUCACUGUGCUGGAGGAUGAUGACAGCAGGGCUCCUCAAAGUGUCGUGAGUGUUGCUGUUGUUGUGGAGGAAGAGAUUGUCCUUCAAGAUCUCCCUGACCUGCCAACUGCUUUUGCUUACCUCUUUGGACUGAUCUAUGCUUUAAACCUCAAGUACCCAAAGGAUCUCAGGUACACAUUUGAAACUGUUCAGAAGGUUUUCAUGGAACUUGGUACAGACCUCUCUGCAAGGGUCAGAUCUCUCAAAAACAAACUCCUUCAGUGAAUCCACAAAUUCUGGAUCUGGAAUUGUUGACCUCUAAAAGUUCCCUUCUGUCCAGCCAACACCAUGUUUUAUGCUUUAGAUCUGUAGUUGUGUAUCAUACGGGUUCUGUAUGGUCUUGUAUGCAUGACUUAUGCUUGAUAUUUUGAGACCAGAAGUUAUGGCAUUUGGUAACCUUGUUAACAAAUUUAGAUUCAUAGUUGUAUGUCAUACAGGUUCUGUAUGGUCUUGUAUACAUGACUUAUGCUUGAUAUUUUGAGACCAGAAGUUAUUGCACUUGGUAUAUUUAGAUUCAUACUUGUGUAUCAUAUGGGUUCUGUAUGGUCUUGUAUAAAUGACUUAAGCUUGAUAUUUUGAGACCAGUAACCCUAUGGUGCUCAGUGACCUUGUUAACAGAUUUAUUAGAUUCAUAGUUGUGUAUUAUACUGAUUCUGUAUGAUCUUGUAUACAUGACUCGUGUUUGAUCUGUUAUUCAGUCUCAAAGUUUAAAAGUAGACAGUGUAGCACAAGUAAACAGCUACUACUGGGACAAUUGGGUCUCAUUAGUUUGCAUGUACUUGGCCCUGUUGGAAGAGAUUUGAUGCUGGUAGUUUAAAUAAAACAAAUGUUCUGAAUGUAUAUGUUGCAUCUGUAAUUAUUUAUACAUUUGAUUAUGCAUCAUUGGUUCUAAAUUACAAAUUUGAACUACAUUAUAAACUAAACUUAUUUAAAGCAGUGUGCAAGUUUAAAUUUCUCUUGAAUUAUUCUUUUAUAUACUGAUUUAACCCAAUUAAAGUGCAUUCUGUGUAAGAACUUGCAGUAGAGUCAUUACAAUGUAAAAUUAUUAGUAAGUACAAUUUACAGGACAGUUAGUAGAAGUAAGGAUGAAGUGUUAUUGCAAUGUAAAGUAUUAAGUUAGAAUUUAGAGUGAGUAAUAAGUGAGUAGAGAGAGUAAGCACAAAUCACAAUAAAAAGUUAUUACAGUGUAAAAUUAUAAGUGAGUCCAACUUGGGGGAAAGUUAGCUGAAGUAAAGAUUAAAAGUUUUUAAAGUGUAAAAUUAUAAGUUAGCAGAACUUACUGUUAAGUUGAUAAAAAUCAAAAGUCAGAGUU